AGUCUUUAAUCAGCUAGUCAAGUGAUAUUUUUGACAAAACGUAGUGACGAGCCAUUUGGAUUUUGCAAUCUCAUGCGACAGAGGCCGAUUUCACGUAGCUAUAGAACAGAGCUGAAAUUGUUUUGCUUCGAAGCUCAAUCCUUGAGCAAUUAAAUUGCUUUUGAAACAAACGUUGAACUAAACUAGAUUUGAAGGAUGUAGUCAGGAGAUAUGGGAAAAGACGGUGGGGUUUUUUCCCGUUGCAGGUGUUGACCUAGUACCUUAAAGAAAAUAUGAAACCAAUGGCCAACCGAGACAAACAAACUUAAAAAAUAGCCAUUCAAACUUAUAUGAAUGCGAAAUGGAUUGAAAAAAAAAACCUGAAUUUACGAGACAGUAAUUUCCAUACAAAUGCAAACGAUAGUCGACACUAGAAAAAGAACUUGCUAAAAAUGACGCGAUCUAUUCUGUAAGCAACAACCUGCAAAUCGUAACGGAAGAGUGAUCAAAGUGUGAUUGAAAAAUCAUCGACUGCAUUUUCUAACGAGAAAGCCAAAUAAAGGUUAAUCACAUGAAGAGACAACAACAAAGAUGAAAUUGACUCUAGUUCUUGCACUAGUGACGCUUCUUUUUACUUCGAUCGUCAGUGAGAAAGACUAUGGAGAUAAAGAAAACAAAAGAACAAGAAUACGGCGGGCACUGACGCAACUUGGUCAAAACGGAUGGAAAGGGGGCUACUACACAAAACUUCGCAAAGAUGAAAGUCCUCCACCAACCAACAACCAGCUCCUAGAAGGCCGUAGUUAUUCUCCAGGUGCUUCAUAUCAAAUGACCUCACCGAACUAUCACCAACCACCUCAAUAUGGACAAAUGUCUCCAUACGGCCAACCCUCACCAUAUGGAAAUCGACAACAGCCAAGAUAUGGAAAUCGUCAGCAGCAAAGAUAUGGAAAUCGUCAACAGCAAAGAUAUGGAAAUCGUCAACCAUAUGAUCAAUCAUCACCAUACGGACAAAUGCCGCCAUACCAUCAGACAUCGCCCUAUAAUCAACAAGCUUACAAUGAUCAACCAGCGAACCGCCAUCCAGCACAGUACGGUCGUCCACCAUCACAUGGUCAUCGACCACAAUAUGGUCAUCCACCACCAUACGGUCAUCCACAACAAAAUGGUUAUCAAUCAUCAUACGGUUAUCAAACACCAUACGGUCAUUCACAACCAUUCGGCCAUCCACCACCGUAUGGUCAUCCACCACCAUACGGUCAUCCACAACAAAAUGGUUAUCAAUCAUCAUACGGCUAUCAAGCACCAUACAGUCAUCCACCACAAAAUGGUUUUCAAACGCCAUAUGGUCAUCAAACACCAUACGGUUAUCCAUCACAAAACAGUCGACAACCAUUAUACGGUCAUUCAACAAUGUACAGUGAUUCAUCACCAUACGGUCAUCCAUCACCAUAUGGUCAACCAAACUUUGCUCAUCAACCUGGUUUUGGACAGAUGGGCUUCACUAAGCAAGGACAAGGAAAUCCAAUGCAAAACCUACAGGGGUCACCGAUGGGCGCUGCAGGCGGUGGAUGUGGUAAUGUGAAAGUCUGUGGAUCGUUUAGCAUUGGAAAGGAGGAUGCAUCAAGUGUACUCGCACCUCCACCAAGAUUAGUAUUCAAGACACUGAGUGCGCCCCUGACGAUGCCCUGCAUGUCUCCGAUGGGUUGCGGUACAAUGCAACAGCCCUACCCCAUGACCCCUCCUAUGAUACCACCCAUGCAGCAAACCGUUUGCCCUUCCGUCUGCAAAAAGAAAUGCAUGAGCAGUUGCCCAAAAGCCUGCUGCGAGAAGCCAGUGGAAGAAAAAGAUGAAAAAUCGAAAGAAAAAAAGGAUGAGAAGUGUCCAGGUGUAUGUGCGGUGUAUUGCGCACCGCAAUGUUCACACAAUUGCUGUGGACCCGGUGGUGCGCGACGCUUCACAAUACCGAGAGCAAUUCACGCGAGUCAACUUACUCCACCCGCCCUUUAUAAACUCGAACAAGAUGCUGGUGAUUUGAAACGCCACUGAGAGCACAGAUUGGAAAUGCGGAGAGUUCAAGUUCUUUCUGCGUUCAUCCGAUAUAAUGUACAUUGCACAUAAUUGCAUUUAUAAUACAACUGAAGCACGUUGGGAUAUCAUAAAUCAUAGUUAACAGGAAGGAUACAUUAAAACAAUAGCGCAUGUGUUUCUUUCGUGUUGAUAAUUGUUUUCCAUACUUUAAUUCUUUUGAGUUAAGUUCGCUUUAAUUGAAUACCGAUGCUCAUUAA